AUGCCAGAAAAACCUCCCCCCACCUUAGAACGUUACAAUGGUUCUGAGGACCCUGACAACCAUCUACGUAAUUUUAUAGAUGCCAUGGCAUUCUAUACUGACAACGACCCGGUAAUAUGCAGAGCUUUUUCUUUAUCUCUUAAGGGUGAAGCUUUGGAGUGGUUCCAUAAUCUUCCACGGAAUUCAGUAGAUUGUUUCGCCACUAUCGAAUCCUUAUUCCGAAAGCAGUAUGCAGCCAAUAAAAAACCGGCGGUGACUGCUGCGGAGCUUGUCCAUACCAAGCAGGAGAAGGAUGAGACCCUGAAGGCUUUUAUGCAACGGUAUAUCGAGACGGCCCGGCGCGUAAAGGAUAUCACUCCCGCUUUCAUUAUCAGCAAUCUAUCGUCCUGCUUAAGGCCGGGGCAGUUUGCGGAACAGUUGUAUGCUGAUCCCCCAGUAUCCAUGGAAGACUUGCAAUCCAUUAUUGCAAAAUUCAUCCGCAUCGAGGACCACCGUAACUCCAGAAAGAAACAGCAUCAAGAUAUCUCCAGCCAAGAGACAAGAAAACCAGUGAAGCGAUCCACUAACGACUACAAACCGGACAGAACACCUCGGAAGGAGUCGAGAUGGACGUCUAAGUACGAUCGUUAUACGACCCUCAAUGCACCACGGGCGAGGGUGCUUGAAGAGGCCUUACACGCCGAACUCUUGACCGUGCGACGAAAGGCCACCCCGAAGAAUGCGGACAGUAACAAAACCUGCCGGUUCCAUAUGAACCAGGGGCACGACACAGAAGAAUGCAACAUGGUGAAAGACGAACUAGAGAGACUCAUCCGUGCAGGUUAUCUCCAGAAUUACAUCAAGGAUAGAGUCUCCACUAGAGCCGCCACUCCGCGCCGAGGAGAUCAUCCUAAGCGAAGCCCCCAACGAACACACCCUAGAGAUGAUCAACACCGAAGGCGAUCGCGCAGUCCGCCUCGACGGACAGAGAGAGAGCGCUCAGUCCGAGGCCGCAUUGACACCAUAUCUGGCGGUUUCGCCGGAGGGGGCGUAUCAGCUUCAGCAAGGAAGCGACAUUUGAGGCAAUUGAAGUCGGUUCACAUGGUCGAGCGACAAUCUCGGUCGAUUCCUGACAUCACAUUUACGAACGCAGACUUUCAUGCACCCGACCCUGAUCAUGAUGAUCCUAUGGUCAUCACAGCUAGUAUCGCUCGGUAUGAUGUCAGCAAGGUCCUCGUCGACCAGGGGAGUUCGGUCAACAUUUUGUAUUGGUCCACCUUUCAGAAAAUGGACCUAUCUGAGGAUCUCAUCGCCCCGUUUAACGAGCAAAUCGUAGGAUUCUCAGGAGAAAGAGUGGAUACCAGAGGAUAUCUGGAUCUGCGAACUCGGCUAGGAAUAAGUCGGGAAGCACCUGAACUUAGAAUUCGGUUCCUGCUGGUCGAGGCGAAUACAUCGUAUAACGCCCUGCUAGGACGGCCUUGCCUUAAUGCGUUUGGAGCGAUCGUGUCUACUCCUCACCUCGCCAUGAAAUUUCCGACAGAGCAUGGUACCAUUUGUACCGUGAGGGCAGAUCAACGAACAGCCCGACAGUGUUAUGUGGCCGGGCUAAAAAUAACCCUUUUCCUUCCAACUAGAAGGGCGAAGGGAGCCGAGGCAGCGACAUUCGACUUAGACCCCCGCACCAACGUAGACGAGUGUCUUCAUCCGCAAGGCGAAGUUAAACUCCUAUCCUUGACGACUGACUCAUCUAAAACCACCAACAUUGGUGGGGACCUCACCUCAAGCGAAGAACACGCUCUGGGACAUAUACUACGGAACCAUGCAGAUUUAUUUGCAUGGACGACCACCGACAUGCCAGGAAUUCAUCCUGGGGUCAUGGCCCACAAAUUGUCCAUCUUCCGGGAGGCACGGCCUAUCGCCCAGAAGAAGCGACGGUUCGGGGAGGAGAAGCGCAAAGCCAUUCAGGUGGAGGUCGAGAAGUUGAUGAACGCCCAGUUUAUCAGGGAGUUAACUUACACUACGUGGCUGUCGAACGUAGUCAUGGUUAAGAAGUCAAAUGGUCAGUGGAGAAUGUGUGUCGACUUCACAGAUCUCAACAAGGCAUGUCCCAAAGAUUCAUAA